AUGGAAAUACGCAAACGCUACAAACCGGGCCCCAGCUCGACUCCCCUGCCGCCCCAGGGCUUCAUUCUCCUGCCCAAGACGGAGUGUGACGUGCGGGAGGUGGAGUUUGCCCGAUGCCUGCGACUUCGCCAGACCUCCCUGGAGCCUGUCACCUUCCGGCUGCCCCGAGUCAGGAAAGAAUUCUUCCAGGAUGACGUGUUCCCAGACACGGCCGUGAGCUGGGAGCCGGUGCUCAGCGCUGAGGCCUGGCUGGGAGGUGCUAACGGGCAGCCCCGGCUUCUUAGCCUGCAGCCCCCUGACAUGACCCCAGUGAGCCAGGCCCCCCGUGAAGGCCCUGCCCGGCGGGCCCCAUCCUCAGCACUCUACCUGGAAGAGAAGUCGGACCAGCAGAAGAAGGAAGAGCUGCUGAGUGCCAUGGUGGCAAAGCUGGGGAACCGGGUGGACCCGCUCCCACAGGACUCCUUCGAAGGAGUGGACGAGGACGAGUGGGACUAGCCUGCCCACCAGCCACCUCUAGCCUCACCUGCCACUGCCGCCUCCUUGAACCACCUGGUGCCCCUGCACACCUCACAUCUCACCCUCAAACUGGAAGCCACCUCUUGGCCAGGGCACACCUCACCCCAGAAGGCCUGGCUUCCUUUGGGUCUUGGGCAUUUCCGUAGCCUCUGGGCCCUGCUGCAACCCCCAUGGAUUGUCCACAUCUCUGCAUUUUCUGGGACCAGCUGCUUCUCCUCAGCUGCCUGCUAGCAUGUAGAGCCAGGGGCAUGGGGGUGGGGUGGGCGUGAGGGCUCAGUGUCAUGUCCCUGGGCAGCUGCUGGGCUCCCUGUCCCCUCUACUCUGGCCUGGGCUGGUCCCAGCUUGGGCUGGCUUCGCCCAGCACCUUCAGUUAUCACAUGCCAUCCUAUCUUGCCUGCUGCUCCAGUUCUGGUCAAGGGCCUAGGGGGCUGGCCCCCCACCAGGCCAUUUGGAGCAGCACCAGCCUCAGGGGCCUGGGACCAGUAGCCCUGCUCCCCAAACUUGAAGCCAGGAGGAAUGGGCAUCACAGAGCUGAUAGCCCAAUGAAGGGGGUGUGAGCCCCACAGGGACUAGCCUGCACGUACCCUGGAUGUUUUUAGCAAUUAAACUUUUCUAAGUUGGCCACCUCUCGUGCCGCUGUGGUCUCUGGAUGGCUAGAAGGGGACGGGGACAGGAGUAUGGGUGAGGUCGGUUUGGCCCUGGGCUCCCGCUUGCCCCAGGCCUCACUCUGCUCGUGCUGGGAAUUC